UACAAAACGAACGAGAGGAAGCGGAGACGAAUGUAAAACAAUUCGACACACUUCAAAUUGAGAGAAACCCCUAAUUUUAUCAUCGACUCCGAGUGGGACAUUCAAAAAGGAGAAACGAAGAAGCGGGUUGAUAUUUACAUCGUCACUUCCGCUCUAACGCCAUGGAUGAACAUUUGCACGUGAACACGCCUCUCCUCGAGAGUGUCGCCAUGUCCAAACGUGUGGGAACUGCUGUGUAUUUGAAAAUGGAGAACUCCCAGCCGUCUGGUUCUUUUAAGAUCCGUGGUAUCGGGCACCUGUGCCAGCAGCUUGCGUCAACGUCGAAAGGAAUCGUCUGCUCCUCAGGUGGUAAUGCUGGGAUGGCGGCUGCCUACGCAGCCAGAAAAAUGGGUGUGCCGGCCACCAUCGUGAUUCCCUCAUCGACCCCUCACCUCGUUGUCCAGAGACUACGGGAUCAGGGUGCUACUGUGAAGAUAGUCGGCAAGAUCUGGGACGAUGCUAACGCCGAGGCACUUCGACUUGCUGAAACAGAGGGACUUACCUACGUUUCUCCAUUUGACCAUCCCUUGAUAUGGCAGGGCCACUCCAGUGUGAUCACAGAGGCUGCAGCCAGUCUGGGUCCUGGUGUCAAGCCUGUAGCGGUGCUGCUCUCUGUGGGCGGAGGUGGGCUCCUCUGUGGCGUGGUCCAGGGCCUGAAGGAUGUCGGCUGGGCGGACGUUCCCAUCAUCGCCAUGGAGACAGCGGGGGCCGACUGUCUGAAUGCGUCCGUUAAGGCGGGGAGGAGAGUCACCCUGGAUGACAUCACCAGCGAGGCCAAAUGUCUGGGGGCCAAGACCGUUUGUAAGCAAGCAUUUGAAUACAGUCAAAGCAAGGAGGUGACCGUCAUUUCUGAAGUGGUGACUGACCGCCAGGCCCUUCAUGCUUUAGAGACUUUCCUGGAUGAGGAGCGUGUCCUGGUGGAGAUGGCAUGUGGGGCAGCACUGGCAGCGGUCUACAGUGGGCUCGUGCACAGACUACAGGAGGAAGGUCGUGUGGCGGCCCACCCGGGCCCCCUGCUGGUGAUAGUGUGUGGGGGCAGCAGCAUCGACAUGGAGCAGCUCUUCCUGCUCAAACGCAAACUGGAGAAAGUAUAACCAAGUUGCACGAAAUACUUCCCGGCAGCCUUGAGAAGGAUCUAGAAGCAGCAUGAUCCAGGAUGUCAUUGAUAAAGUGUGAGGCACCACGGCCACAUGUGGAACUAAGGACUCUCCUCGGUGUCUCAUCACAUGGUUUUUGGACAUAAAGCAACACAAAGAGCAUGUAUUUGUUCCAUGAGAGAACACAUGGAAUAUAUUCAUGUGUUCAUAAAACAUGAGCAAAGAGUGGUCCACGUGUAUCCACAUCAAUGUUCUUCUUUUGUGUUGUGCAGGUGCUGUUUUUGCUGCAGAAAACAACAACAACAACAGUAUGAUGAGGUGGAACAAAAUGCUGUCAACUAGAAUUAGGUUCGAACCCAUCCAUCCAUCCAUCCAUUUUCUACCGCUUGUCCCUUUGACCUGCCUUCAGGAGCCAGCACGUCUUGAGAUCUUGUGCCAGAACGUAGCUUCUUGUACCAGUACAGUAAGCCCACAUGUCUCCAGCCUUCUCUUACCUCUCUCCCUGUGCUCUCUCCCCGUCGUGUUCACUGUCUCUGGUGCUGUGUCGUCCUCCAGCUUCCCUGUCGUCGUCGAGCUGUGCGUCUCGUCUCCCUGGAACCCCUCUGGACUUUUUCUUGCC